AUGAAGAAUAGAACUUUGUCAGCAGACUUUAUCCUCCUGGGGCUUCAGGUAAACAGCAAAGCUGCAGGAAUGGUCUUUGCAAUUAUUUUUGCUAUUUUUGUGGUGGCUGUAACUGCAAAUCUGGUGAUGAUAUCCUUGAUUCAGGUGGACUCCCACCUCCACACCCCCAUGUACUUCCUGCUCAGCCAGUUGUCCGCGAUGGACACUGUUUUCAUUUGUACCACUGUCCCAAAGCUCCUGGUUGACAUGGUUUCUAAGGAGAAGACCAUUUCCUUUGUGGGCUGUGGCAUCCAGAUCUUCCUCUAUUUGACCAUGAUCGGCACAGAGUUCUUCCUCCUGGGCCUCAUGGCCUAUGACCGCUAUGUGGCCGUGUGUGACCCUCUGCGGUACCAGGUCCUGAUGAACCACAGGGUGUGUCUUCUGCUGGCUGCUGGUGCCUGGUUUGGUGGAUCCCUGGAUGGCUUGCUGCUCACGCCCAUCACCAUGAAUUUCCCCUACUGUGGCUCCCGCCUCAUCAACCAUUUCUUCUGUGAGAUCCCUGCAGUUCUCAGGCUGGCCUGUGCUGACACAUCCUUGUAUGAAACCCUAAUGUACAUCUGCUGUGUAAUCAUGCUGCUCAUCCCCAUCUCUGUUAUUGCAGCCUCCUACUCCCUCAUCUUGUUAACAGUCCACCGCAUGCGCUCCCCUGAAGGCCGGAGAAAGGCCUUUACUACAUGCUCUUCCCACUUGACCGUGGUCAGCAUUUUCUAUGGGGCUGCCUUCUACACAUAUGUUCUUCCCCAGUCUUUCCACACCCCUGAGAAGGACAAGGCAGUGUCAGCCUUCUACACCAUCAUCACACCCAUGCUCAACCCUCUCAUCUAUAGCCUCAGAAACAAGGACGUCACAGGGGCAUUUAGAAAGACAUUUGUACAGUGCUCUUCCAAAAGUACCCACAAGGGAUGCUUAAAGCUCCAGUGA